AUGUGUAGGUAUUUUGUUGUUGUUGAUGAUAUAUGGGAUGUGGUCACAUGGGAUAUUAUUAAGCUUGCAUUCCCCAUGACUAGUCUUGGCAGUAUCAUUAUCACCACUACUCGUAAAAACGAUGUUGCAGAAUCAUGUCGUUCAUCAUUUAGUGGUGCCAUUUAUGGUAUAAGACCACUUAAUAUGGUGCUUUCAAGACAACUAUUUCACAGAAGGCUAUUCAAAUCCAACGAAGACUGUCCUUCACAUCUUGAGAGGCUUGCUUAUCAAAUGUUGAGAAAGUGUGAUGGCUUACCUUUGGCAAUCAUUGCUAUAUCUGGUUUGUUGGCUAAUAGAGAAAGAACAGAGGAUACAUGGAAUGCAGUGGAAAAAUCAAUUGGCCGUGCGCUCGAAAGGAAUCCUACCAUUGAAGGAAUGAUAAAGAUAUUAUCACUUAGUUACUUUGAUCUUCCUCCUCAUCUCAAAACGUGUCUCUUGUAUUUGAGUAUAUUUCCAGAAGAUGCUAUUAUUCAGACAAAAAACCUGAUAUGGAGAUGGAUUGCAGAAGGGUUUGUUCACAAGGAUGGCAAACAUACGGCAUUUGAGUUAGGAGAGAGGUAUUUCAAUGAGCUCAUCAAUAGAAAUUUGAUCCAGGUUGCACACACAAACAGAUUUGGCAAGGUGAAGAGUUGUCGAGUUCAUGACACAAUUCUUGAUUUCAUCAUAUCCAAGUCCAUCGAAGAGAACUUUGUUAGUUUAGUUGGUGUUCCUAGUCUAACUGUCGGGACACAAAGGAAAGUCCGCCGACUCUCUCUCCAAGUUGAUGAUCAAGGAAAGUCUGUAAUACCAACAUGUCUAGUGUUGUCUCAUGUUCGGUCACUCAAUGUGUUUGUUCAAUCAUUUGAAAUCCCUUCUCUUGAUGAGUUCAGGCGUUUACGUGUUUUGGACUUUGGAGGUUGCAUGAAAUUGGAAAACCAUCAUCUUUCAAAUAUAGGGAGGUUGUUUCAGCUAAGGUGCCUGAUACUGAGAAACAGAGAGAUAACAGAGCUUCCAGAAGUAAUUGGUCAUUUAUGUUGCUUAGAAGUAUUGGACAUAAGACGCACCAAUGUCAAGGAAUUACCAGCAACUAUUGUCAAUCUUGGAAAAUUGGUGUGUCUCCUCAUGCCAGAUUGUGUUAAAAUUCCUGAUGGAAUUGCAAAGAUGCAAGCACUAGAGGUGUUCAAUUGGGUUACAGUCUUCAAGCAGACAUCCAACUUGCUGCAUGAACUUGGGCAGCUAAAGAAUCUGAGGGAGCUGGUCAUCAGUCUUUGUAUUUAUUCUUCCCAUGAUGAUGAUACUAUAAGAACUUUGGAGGUUAUAAAAGUUAUAGCCUCUGCAGUUCAAACCCUAUCCAGACAGAACCUCCGUUCUCUAACUAUUAAUGAUGGGAGGAACUUCAUGCAGGAAUUUUUGUGCUCUUCUACUCCGCUUAGCCUCCAAUCACUUAAGAUCAAUGUUUCAGUUGGUUCACGGGUCCCGAAUUGGGUGGGCUCCCUCGUCAACCUUCAGCGGUUAUGUCUUCAAUUGAAUGAAGUCGGGCAUGAUGAUAUCUGCAUCCUUGGAGCCUUACCCGCUCUGGUUGAUCUUAUUCUGAAAAGAGGACCAGAUGGACUCCAUAGAAUUAGUUACUAUGGGCUCAGGUUCAACCACAGUAAGCUCAGAAUCAGUGGUGACGUCGGGUUCCGAUGCUUGAGGCAGUUUUAUUUUGAUGCAUACUAUUACCCGUUGCAUCUCAUGUUUGAAGUAGGAUCCAUGCCCAGGCUAGACAAACUUACCAUGGCCUUCCGCUUAGAUAGAGAUAUUGAGGAUGGUGUUUUUAAUUUUGGAAUUGAAAAUCUUCCCAAUCUCUUAAUUCUCACAUGUAUAAUAGCAUCAGGCCACAUGUAUAAGGCUGCAAAGGCUGCUGCAGAGAGAACAGCGAAGACACAUCCCAACAAACCAACUCUAUUCUGUUAUUCUUCUUAAACUUGAGGUAGUUCACGCAUGUUCAUCACUUCAUUUCUUGAGCGGUUGACUCACCAAAUGUGUCCAAGGAGCUCUUGUUGGCAGCCAUUUUCACUACCUGUUAAUUUGUUGCACGAGGGAUGCAUACCCUACGUGCCUGCAGG